AUGUCUGCUUCCAACUCCAACGGUCAGCAAUCAUAUGCGCAAAAGCAAUCACAACCCUCAGUGACCAGCACGACUACUCCCAGUAGCAAUGGCACCAGUAAACCGUCUGACUAUGUGUAUUUCGAUAGAAGCACAAAUGGUUUCUCGGAAAGUGCAAUGACCAAAGCGCAAAGUGCGCAAAUGAAGCUGGAACACUAUUACAAAGUUGCGGUCGAUUCUGCAAUCGAACGGAAUACAAGGCGCGUCGAGUUGGAACGGCGUUUGCAAUCAGAGAAUCUCAUGCCGGAAGAACGCAAGAAUCGCCAACUGCAACAACUUGGCAAAAAGGAAUCAACAUUCCUUCGCAUGAAGCGGACGAAGCUUGGACUAGACGACUUUCGUACCGUCAAAGUCAUUGGAAAGGGUGCCUUCGGAGAGGUCAGACUUGUUCAAAAGGCAGACACCGGGAAGAUAUAUGCCAUGAAGUUAUUGAAGAAGGAUGAGAUGUUGAAGAAAGAUCAGCUAGCUCAUGUACGCGCAGAACGAGAUGUUUUGGCAGAAUCAAAUUCACCAUGGGUGGUCCAGCUGUUUUACUCGUUCCAAGAUGCAGCACACCUUUAUCUCAUCAUGGAGUUUCUCCCUGGUGGAGACCUGAUGACGAUGCUCAUCAAGUACGAUACAUUCUCCGAAGAUGUAACAAGAUUCUAUCUUGCGGAAUGUGUGUUAGCAAUUGAAGCCGUUCAUAACCUCGGUUUUAUUCAUCGUGAUAUCAAGCCUGAUAAUAUCUUGAUUGAUAAAGAUGGACACAUUAAACUUAGUGAUUUCGGUCUUUCUACUGGGUUUCAUAAGCAGCAUGAUUCAAGCUAUUACACACGCCUAUUGGAAUCAGGGAACAAUUCUCCUCCAACUGCUGCCCAAGCAUCGCGCAAUAGUGUUAUGGUUAACUCUAUAAACUUGACCAUGACUAACAAAGAUCAAAUUGCAACUUGGAAAGCCAACCGUCGGAAACUGGCUUAUUCUACUGUUGGGACACCAGACUACAUUGCCCCCGAGAUUUUUACACAAAAAGGUUAUGGGAAAGAAUGUGACUGGUGGUCAUUAGGCGCUAUCAUGUUCGAGUGUCUUGUGGGAUACCCUCCCUUCUGCUCAGAAAACACGCAUGAAACCUAUCAGAAGAUUAUGCAAUGGCAACACUAUUUAGCCCUACCCGACGAUGUACAUUUGAGCCGAGAAGCUGAAGACCUCAUACGACGGUUAAUUACUUGGCAAGAUAAAAGAUUGACGGUGGAACAAAUAAAAAAGCACCACUUCUUUUAUGGUGUGGAUUGGGAUACUAUUCGUCGCAUUGAUGCACCUUUUGUUCCACAUCUACGCUCGAUUACUGAUACAUCUUACUUCCCGACGGAUGAAUUGGAUCAAGUACCGGAGAAUACGACUGUGGAUCCCAAUGCAGCCAGCAAAGAUAUGGCAUUCUUAGGCUAUACUUUCAAGCGAUUUGCUGUUUCGUAG